AUGCCAAUCACCGUUUGCGACAAGGUCGAAACCUACCAAGCAGCUCUCAUGAGCCUCUUCGCCGGCAAACCCGAAGACACAGAAACAGACUUGUCAAAGCUACUCCAUCCUUCUUUCACUCAACGCGAGGACACCACAACCCGCGACUUCGCCGGCUUCGUUGCACAUAUCAGCCACAUUCGCCAAGUCCUAAGCCCCGGUAGUGUUGACUUGAAAGUUACACAACUCUUGCGUGAUGGAAAUCAGUUGGCUGAAAGGCACACCACCACGAUGAAGAUGCCCGACGGAACCGUCCGCAAGUCGGAGACUUUUCAAUUUGGUGAACUUGCGGCGGAUGGGCGUAUUGCUUCGAUUGUUGAGACCGUCAAAUCAAACUAA